AUGGUUGUUUGCUUUAUCGACAUAGCAGAUGGUUGCUUGCUUCGUUGUUUUGGAGUGGGUUGGUGGGGUGGGGUGGGUAUAUGUGCAGUUUUGGGUCGCAAGUCGGCAUUUACUAUUUUCCUUUGGAUUGCUCUCGAUAUUGAAUUGAGAUCAUUGGUUGGUGAAAAAGUCUUCCAGUACCAUCUGGAUUUUGUUUAUGGUAAAAAAUUAGACCUGCAGCAUGUGAUCAUUUGUAGGCUGCGUGAUGCGCAAGGGUACUGCACAGAUUCGGAAUGUAUACAAGAUUUACCUGGGCCACAAGGAGUUGGUCUUGGUGGAAAUAAUUUAAUAAUGAUAGGAUUAAUUUGGAGUAUGAUUGCUCUCGCAAUGUUUUUUUUACGUCCAAAAUCGCUUAGAUCCAAUCCAUCAUCAACUGGUAAACCUGGUCCUAGUUCCAGUCGGGAAGAUGAUAAUUAUCCACCAGCACCCGACGUUCAAUAA